UUCGAAUUUCGAAGCAUCGUUCAAACACGGAGAUGAAUUUUUGUCUAAUUUUGCACUUAUACUAAAGCGUUCGAUUUUAGAGUAGUUCGAAAUAAGAGAUACCGCAGCUUAUCCUAUUUUUUGAACAAAGCGGAAAACAUUUUUGCAUACCUUAUCAAUCGAACGUUUAUACUUGCAUUCAUUCGAAGCUAAACCAUUAAAUCUUUGGCUGCCAAUGGCAUUUGAAAUAAAGUGGAGGGUCUGCAUAAUUCUAUUUAUUCUUCUCUCCUGCAUCCAAGGAAAACCGCCUCACAUUAUCUUUUAUUUAGUCGAUGACCUUGGAUGGAACGACGUAAGUUUUCACGGAUCUUUACAAAUACCGACUCCGAAUAUUGACGUUUUGGCUGCUAAUUCAAUACUCUUAGAUAAUUAUUACGUUCAACCCCUGUGCACCCCAUCAAGAGCUGCGUUACUUACUGGAAAACAUCCGAUACAUUUAGGUCUGCAGCAUCUUGUUAUUCGCACUGCUGAGCCAAGUGGAUUACCAUUGGAUGUGAAAACUUUACCUCAAUAUUUGAAAAAAUUCGGUUAUCGAAGUCACGGCGUUGGAAAGGCGUGUUGCAGAAUUACAACACGUGGCCCAAGUGAUCUUUUUCUGAUCGUGUUAUGUCGUCUUUUAUGCCCAUCGGGAACAAGGCGAAAAACAGUUUUGCAUACCUUAUCAAUCGAACGUUUAUACUUGCAUUCAUUCGAAGUUAAACCAUUAAACCUUUGGCUGCCAAUUGUAUUCGAAAUGAUGUGGAGGGUUUGCACAAUUCUAUUUAUUCAUCUUUCCUGCAUCCAAGGAAAACCGCCUAACAUUAUCUUUUAUUUAGUCGAUGACCUUGGAUGGAACGACGUAAGUUAUCACGGAUCUUUACAAAUACCGACUCCGAAUAUUGACGUUUUGGCUGCUAAUUCAAUACUCUUAGAUAAUUAUUACGUUCAACCCAUAUGCACCCCAUCAAGAGCUGCGUUACUUACUGGAAAACAUCCAAUACAUUUAGGUCUUCAGCAUCUUGUUAUUCUCACUGCUGAGCCAAGUGGAUUACCAUUGAAUGUGAAAACUUUACCUCAAUAUUUGAAAAAAUUUGGUUAUCGAAGUCACGGCGUUGGAAAGUGGCAUUUAGGGUUUUACAAAAAAGAAUAUUUUCCAACAAGAAGAGGAUUCGAUUCGUUUUUUGGGUUUUGGCCGGACGGAAUGGAUUAUUACGAAUAUACUACAUUUGAAACUUACGAAAAUUCUACUUUAAAGUAUGCCUGGGGAUAUUCCUUAAGAGAAAACGAAAGAGUCGCCAGAGAAUAUAAGGGAAUUUAUGCUACUCGUUUAUUCACAAAUCGAGCAAUCGAUAUUAUUAAAAAUCACGAAAAACAAAAGCCAUUAUUUCUGUAUCUAUCACCGAAUGCUGUGCACAGUGGAAACUCAUAUGAUCUAUUUCAAGCACCUCAAAGUGAAGUCUUCAAAUUUGAAUGUAUAGAAAACCCAGAUAGAAGAACUUUUGCAGCAAUGGUUUCAGAAUUAGAUAAGUCAGUUGGACGAGUUUUUAAGGCCUUGCAAGAUAAUUCUAUGUUAGAUAAUACAAUUUUUGUGAUUUCUACGGAUAAUGGUGGAGAAGCUGCUGGUUUAAGAGGUGGAGUUGGUUCGAAUUUUCCUUUAAGAGGAAAUAAAAUAACUUUAUGGGAAGGAGGAGUGAGAGGAGUUGGACUUGUAUGGAGUAAACUGUUCAAAUACAAUUUAAAUGCGUUUCAGUGGCAUUUAGGGUUUUACAAAAAAGAAUAUUUUCCAACAAGAAGAGGAUUCGAUUCGUUUUUUGGGUUUUGGCCGGACGGAAUGGAUUAUUACGAAUAUACUACAUUUGAAACUUACGAAAAUUCUACUUUAAAGUCUGCCUGGGGAUAUUCCUUAAGACAUAACGAAAGAGUAGCCAGAGAAUAUAAAGAAAUUUAUGCCACUCAUUUAUUCACAGAACGAGCAAUCGAUAUUAUUAAAAAUCACGAAAAACAAAAGCCAUUAUUUCUAUAUCUAGCACCGAAUGCUGUGCAUAGUGGAAACUCAUACAAUCUAUUUCAAGCACCUCAAAGUGAAGUCUUCAAAUUUCAAUGUAUAGAGAACCCAAAAAGAAGAACUUUUGCAGCAAUGGUUUCAGAAUUAGAUAAGUCAGUUGGACGAGUUUUUAAGGCCUUGCAACAUAAUUCUAUGUUAGAUAAUACAAUUUUUGUGAUUUCUACGGAUAAUGGUGGAGAAGCUGCUGGUUUAAGAGGUGGAGUUGGUUCGAAUUUUCCUUUAAGAGGAAAUAAAAUAACUUUAUGGGAAGGAGGAGUGAGAGGAGUUGGACUUGUAUGGAGUAAACUGUUCAAGCAACAACCGAGGAUCGAAAGGAACUUAAUUCACAUCACUGAUUGGUUACCGACAUUUUAUCAUGCUGCAGUUAUAUCAAACGAUCGGGCGGGGAGUGAAGAAAAGCAGCGCGAAACGUUUUACGACGCACGAAUUAGUAGCAGACUCCUAACGUCUCCUACAGAGAAAGCUGAAGCACUAAAAUGUGUCGUCACAACUUUCCAUCCCAAAUANUUUGUGAUUUCUACGGAUAAUGGUGGAGAAGCUGCUGGUUUAAGAGGUGGAGUUGGUUCGAAUUAUCCUUUAAGAGGAAAUAAAAUAACUUUAUGGGAAGGAGGAGUGAGAGGCGUUGGACUUGUAUGGAGUAAACUGUUUAAGCAACAACCGAAGAUCGAAAGGAACUUAAUUCACAUCACUGAUUGGUUACCGACAUUUUAUCAUGCUGCAGGUGGUGAUGUUAGACAUUUGACGGAUAUUUAUGGAAUAAAUCAAUGGGAGGUUUUAGCUCACGGCAAACCUACAUCUCGAGAAGAAAUUCUUCAUAAUAUAGAUCCAAUCGACGGUGCUUCAGCUCUUCGAUUCCGAAAUUACAAACUGGUAAAUGGAUCGAUUAAUGGAGAAUACAAUGCGUGGUACGGACCUUCCGGUAGAGACGAUGAUUAUUUCUCUUCCUGCUACAAAAAGUUACUUCGCUCCUCAUAUUCUUGGAAAGUUCUUAAAGAGGAAGGCUUACUCUACAAUACUGACAAGUUUUUCACCAGAUUGCCAGAUAACUGUUAUUCUGACUCGAAAAGGAAUAAUAGUAAUUGUGAUCCUAAUUCAGCCCCAUGCUUAUUUGAUAUAUUAAAAGAUCCUUGCGAACUGGAAAAUAUUGCGAACGAACAACCAAAGGUAAGAAAAAUUAUUUUAUAUAUCAUAAAAUUAAUUGAUUGA